AUGACUGCAAAGACACAUGUCACUGGGCUCAAACUUCUGCAGGAACAGUUCGGUGCUAAGAUUCGUAUCCCUGUUACCCUUGAUUCAGGUUUAAACAUGCACUCCCUGUUGGAUACUUCCAAGCAUAACACUUCAAAGAGUGAAAAAGCCUGGACAGGAUUCAAUGAAAGGAAUGCUUGCUUUUGGAAAAGAAGAGUUAAUGGUUGGAACUUGUUGAUAUACAAACUGAAAAGAACACAAAAAGUAGGAAAUCUACAACUAGGCUGUAGCAACUCUUUCAGCGUAAAGAAAGCAUUCUGCAAGCAAGUUGCACAUCAUCCUCUCCAGAUGGCACAACAAAAGGUGGUGUUCACGGUUUCAGCGCUGGUUGAUGUGAAGUCAAAGCAAAGAGUCAUGGAAGCUGUUGCUGAUAUCCAUGGAGUUGAUACGAUAGCUGCUGAUUUUAAGGAACAGAAGUUAACCAUCACAGGUGAGAUGGACAUAAUAGCAAUCGCGAAGAGGUUGAAGAAAUUUGGAAAGUUCGAAGUAGCAUCGGUAGAAACAGGUGAAGAACAGAAAGAACAAAAUGAAGGGAAGAAAUAGUUCACUGCAAUGUGGAAACCUUAGUUCUUUCUCAUGGCAAACCGAGAAGUUUCUGAUAUGGAUGGAAGCCAUCAAAUGUUCUUGAUCAAGGAGGGAAGGUUGGCCUCUAGAUCUUGAUGUUUUGGUUUGCUCGGAUGAGAACAUAUGCAAUCACCUUCGAUUUCGAUCUAGUAAGUAAAAUUUAGCUUAUUGCUUGGAGAAAAAAAAAAGAAGUAAACUGAGAACUGAUUUUUAUUUUAUUUUGAUAGAUAGAAUCAGGAAAUUUUCAGCUUCUUUUACUGAUCCCAAUGUGUGCAUAUUAUGCUUUGGCUUCCAAUAAGCAAGCAAAAGGUGUGAAUCAUGCAAACCGGUAAAGAUCAUGAUAGUUGGGAUCAAGCUAGGAUCUUGAAAUUUUAUCCUACCAAUAAACGAUUUUAGGACCUCAACUUAUUUUUGGUUAUUUCAGGAUCUUGAAGAAAAUAUUUAUUUUAAGACCUCAACCAUUAAUACUAUGUUAAAAAAUGAUUAAAUGGUCCGUCGGACGAAUGCAUCAAACAAAAGAAAAUACUUUGCUCAGGUGAAUUCAUCAUAUAGAAUAGAUGCUAGUCGAAUUAAUUUCGUGGGUGGAUGUAUCGUAAACUAAUUAAUUUCGUGCCAAUUUCAUUUAAAAUAUGUGAUUUCUUCACUCAGUGAGUGGUAUGUAUCCAUCAAUUUUGGCCUACCUCACAAAGUGAUGAACAAAAAAGGUGAGAGCUGUACAAGUUCUAAACAACAAACAAGUAAUAAUCUAUAAUUAGAGGAUUAUGGUGCCAGCACAAAUCUGGUUGUCCAAAGAAGAAUUAGAAAGCAUCAGCAAAAGCAGUAGUUGGAUGAUACAGUAUUCAGCCAAUCAUCAUACAUGCACAACUUUUAUGGUGCAAUCAUGAACAUACUUAGAGAACAAUUCCAACAAAUCCCUGUAGCUUUACUGCUCACUAUCCCUUACUUUAUCAAGUGUCAGAUUCGUAAGAUGCAUAAUCUCAAUAACUUUCUCGCAAUGUUUUGUAAAGUGACCUUUUAAUGUAUGCUUUUGCUUGUUAUCGACUGCCAUGAUUAGUGAACAUGGUUUAGGAUUCUGCUUCUACAUUAUUGUGAUGACCCAAAAGGCAGAAGGCAAUCCUUAUAUCUCACAGGCAGAGUUGCUUGUUAUCGAGGGCUAAGGCUAGCUUUGAGCGGUUUGACAAACAUAUUAGAUAGUUCAUCAAGGAAUUUUGACCAACCAGCAAAGGUUGGAGAACAAAGAACAUAAUGCGAUCAACCACCUACGGGUAGAUACAGUGGAUGGCCAACUUGAAGCUAAUUCAGCAAAGCGAUGGCAUGAGAAGCUGGUCCCAGCUGGAAGACAACGUGGUACAACUCACACCUCCCGCUGAGCUCCAAGAUAAGUCCAACAGGACUGGAGACAGCAAAGCUUGCAGACAUCACAGGGAAGAUUGCUAGGUUAUCAACACAACAGGGAAGGUUGAGCUACCGACAGGAGUUGCUUGCAAGCACGGCGCUUCAAAUCUAACACAAAGAUAACCUGGGAGGGGGCCCAAAUCAAGAUAUGAACUCGAAGAAGAAAUGUCUCUUCAUGAAAAAAAUUGAUGUGAGAUCAGCUGGUGGUGGUUGUGAUAGUUAGAUCGUUUCAUCUGUCUUUUUGUUUCAGACUCAAAAAUUACCGGCGCACGAGAAAUUGUCUAUUGCUCUUUGUUGGGUUGUCUACAAGAAAUCAUCUUUGGAGUGUAUGAUCAAGUUGCAAUAUUCAUACAAGUUGGAAUAAGUUCCUUCUUCUUUGCUGCUUUAUCUGUUUGUGGCCUACUCAAAAGGUUAAUUCAUUCAAGCAAGCACAGAGGAGAAGGGAAGUCAUGGCAUGUGUGAUUCGAUGUGCUAUGGGAAUUGCAGUCCACCAUAUCCUGCCAGUAAGAUACUGGAGAAGGGCGUUGGUUGUGCAGGUAAUGAAUGAGAUAGAGACAUGAACUCAUGAAUCAGAACGAUUGGAUUCCUUGAACCGAAUCAUGCUCCGCAUGAUGCAGUGGAUCUGCUUCCAUGUAAUG